UCAUAACAAAGCCCGUCACUGAAGGGAAUCCCUGUACUAUUUUUGUCCCCAUGUGAUCGCGACUCGUCUCAGCUCUCUCCGAGAAGAAUUGAGGAAAGUACUUCAUUUCAGUCAAAUUCAACGCCGAGAGAGUUGAGGACUUUAAUGAGUUGCACUUCUCGCCUGACUGACGUGAGCUGUCCACAAGGAUACGCCAUGUUUGCCAAUACCACGCUGUCAUCUAGCCCGGAUGAGAACGGCUGCUGUUAUUGGUCCAGCUUCGACCUGACGUCAUUCGCCAAAGGUCAACGUCUGAAGGCAUACGUUGGCCUUCUGAACGGCAAAGGACCUCGGAGUGGGGACCACACCGUCAUAAAAAUCUUUCGGGACGAAGCCGGGACGGAAACAAUGUGCAAUACAGAAAUCAAGAAAUCCAAAACAGCGCAAUCGUUUGCCGUGCCAUUUACAGGCGUGAUCUCACCUGAAUCCCCAAUUCACUUUACUAGUCUCCUGAAAGCCUGCAUGGAUGAUGUAUGUCUUAUGAAGAACGCCUUGUCCAGCGGCAGGAAGCUCUGUAAGCAGGAAUGGGUUUUAAUCGAGGAGAAAAUUGGCAAGAACUUUCAAAACUUCGUUAGCCAUUCCGGAAAAGCCAACCCGACAACUGCUACCAAAAUUCUCGAAGCAUUUGUUCACUUCACGUACCACCAUUCUGGCGGGAAACUUGUCGUCUGCGGAUUGGAAGGGAGCUCCGAAGGGGGGAAGACGUAUCUGAAGACUCCGACCAUCCAUUCGGUUACCAAAGAAUAUGGUGGAUGGGAUCUGGGAGAAAAGGGAAUCAAGAUGGUGUUUGGAAAUCAUGUCUGCAACGACAUGUGCAGGGCAUUCAUCACGCCACGACACUUCUCAGAUCGUGCCGAGCCUUCCGCCCCAUUCGACCCUGAUCUUGUCAAUGGCGGCGAGUUUGAAGCGUCCCAGACGCCAAGAUAUGACCAAUUUUCUCCAUACACAUUCGGGCAGUAUUUCAACUUCCCUUCCCCGCCGCCCUACCAAAUGUAUCCUGAUCUUCGCCUCGCAUGUGCUUUCAACCAAAACGCCACACCCUAUCAACCAAAGUACCACCAUCCAAUUUCAGCCUGAAGAUUCAUCUGAUACAUGUCAUCGCCUCACGAACAUUUCCGGAGAAGACACAAGCUGCAACGACAAUACCCGAAAACAAAAUAUGACUCUAUAUCGCACCACGAACAUUUUUACAUCACCUUCGAAAAAUAUUGGACAGUUCCGGAAAGACGUGAGGUAUAUGGACGAUGCCAGAACACGAACUAUGACCAGCGCUUGCGUUCAACCACUACUUGCGAUCAUAUCAAUGUAUGACAUAUCAUGUAUAUCUCAAGAUUCCUAUAAGUAUAUGCAUAAACAAAGCGCAGCUAUUACCGAAGCAUAGUUUAUAUAUUUUAUAUAGAAUGCAGCUAUGCAAGAUGCCAAAAUCAUCGCUCUUCGUCUGUGCGUGCUCAGUAUAAAUUUCUCAUAAACAUUUCAAACCCUGUUCAAUGCUUCUCUUUAGAAGUAGUCAUUGCAAUUGUUUAUUCAAAGGUUGUUUGUUGCUUAUACGAAUCGGUGGGCCCUUUCUAUCAAGCAGGACUAUGAAUGUUUUUGAGGUCAUUUUUUGUCUCGUUUACAAAGUAGGUUUGUAUUUUCGCAAUAAGCACCUCUUUUGAGGGAAACGUUCUUGUCUCAUUCGCAGCAACGUAUAUUGGUUUGUAAACAAUUAUUAAUAAUUCAUGCGUUUCAUGAUGUAUGUAUUUGUCUCAGAUUAAUAGAAAUAUGCAAGUCGCUUCCAUGAGGUGUGUUAAUAUUCAACAAUCAUGGAUUCAAAUCUAAAAUUGGCUCAGAUUGUCAUAAUCAUUAUCAUAAUGAAAUAUUUCAGAAAUUUCUUGGGCCACUGGUGAUCCGAUUGUAGAUGGUGUUUCAAUUUGCUCUGACUGAGGGUUCGAAUCCGGUUUUUAGGUUUGACUGUACCAUAUACCCACAGACUACGCCACAGUGGUAAACGUCUGAACUAUGUAUUCCUUCGGGGUUUUUCUCCCAAAUUGAGCAGAUAUGUCGUGAGUAAACUGAAGUACUGUUUAAGGAAUAUUUUGAAGGCGACAGAAAAAUUUGGAAAUGGUAAUGACUCAGUAAACAAACGGGACAAUGAAUCCCAAAAUUCGCAUAAACUUUCGACAUCAAAGGACAUAAUUAUGCUUUUACAUACUUGAAUUAAGUUUGAUUAGAAAUGUAUUUUGUUCCAUGUGUUUUAAUAGGUCCACAUCUCUGUGUCAUUAUUCUAUUUAUGGACUACUAAAUUUUCAAGUGAACCACCAUUAUGUAAAUGUCCCCAAACGUCUCGGCGAAGUAAAACCAACUGUUUCUCGAGAUAAGGCACAAAAGGCUAUUAUUCGCGAACUACACUGUGACGAUCUCAGAGGUAUUUUGUUAAGGACACAUCCGAAACUGUUCACCAAAACAACACUGAAACUAUUGUAGUCAAGAAAAAAACUAGUAUGUGACGUGUAAUUUAAAGCUGACCAAUUUAUCCGAAACAGACGUAAUACUCCAGGGUGGAAAUAUUUAUCCAAUGUGCCGUUUCCUGUGAAUCGCAAAUUUGUAUAUUUGGCAGCGUAAGAUCUUACUGGAGAUUAAGACCAAAAUGACUUUGUUUAUUUUAUUGUAUUAUGUUUUGCUUUAUUUACCAACAUACAUGUAUUUGGUGAAUUAUGUCCAUGACUUAUCGAUAUGUCAUUUAUGAAGUUUAAACCGUGUCUCAUCCUUAAACAUAUUAGUUAUUCUAACCGAGGAAUGGAUCUCAGGCCUUGAGUAUAGGCAGUUGGAAGAAAUCUCUAUCUUGUAAUACGAGAUGUAUGAUGUUAUAUACAUGUGUAUGUACCCGUAUUUUCAUAUAAUCUGUUAAUAUUUCGUUUGAAUGCGAUUAAUAAGUUUAACAUACGUUACCAUCGCGGUAUCCAAAGACUUGCUAACAGCAAACCCUCGUUAAUCUGAAACCCGUUUAACCGAGCAAACAUGAAUUUUAAUAAACACGUUCUCCGUAAUCUCUUUGACAAGAGUAUCAUAACCUAGACACUAGUACUUGACCGAAUAAUCCUGUUCAAUCAGACCUAUUUUACAGUAAAUCACAGUCAUAACUGUUUGUUAUCGUUAGAUCAGUAUUGUCAUGAGUCCAAGAUUAUUGAUACGACCGUUAUAAUUGUUUCUGUUACGUAAAUUGCUGAGAAUGAAUUCUGUGUGUAAACAUUGUCGAUAAUGAACUUGAUUUGUCUUGUCAUUGACCUUAUUAAAUCUUCCUGCUAUAAAACCACAUUAUUCUGGAAACCCCUCAUUACGGGCAAUUCAGGUUAAGGCCAUUUUCAUACACUCAAAGGGAGCUUGCUUUAAUCCAGUCACUGCAAAAUCAAGAAAUUUUAAAAUCCGAACACUUAUUGUCUUGAUUAAUAGGGUUUCUAUGUAACAUCGAUUUGAUGUCAGCUAUUUGAUGAGGAGCAUGGCAGACAGUGUGGUAUACCUUCUCCCAUUAAUAGAACAAUAGUUCGCUUAUGUGAUUUUUAUGAUGUAUAAUAAUUGCUCUGGAACAUAAUAUUGAAAUGUGAUUCAAAUUACGGUUAUUCAGAAAAGAUGGCAUUAACAUAUAUAGAGUUUUAUGUAUUUUAAUUUUGUGAUAAGGUGACAGGCAAUUAUUGAAUUAAAAGUAAUUGAUUUUUAGCUUCAAAAUGGCAGAAGGUAUAAUUUUUUAAAAUCAAAAUAGUGCUAUUUUAUCUGUGAUUUUAUGUCAUUUGUAUUGUCUUACUUCGCUAGUUUAGCAGUUCAUAUAUAUUUACUUGAAAGUAAAUGAUGCAAAAUUCAAAACCAAAUAAUGCUGGCAAAUCGUUAACCCGGCAUCAAAGGGAGAUAAAUCCUUGAACGACUUCGUUAGCUAAAAUAUACAUAUUUAUCUCCCAUUCGAUUGUCCAUUUUCAUUGUGCAAUCCUUUUAAAACUUCUAUUUCUGUAACGUUUAGCAAACUAUCAUGUACGUGGAUUGAUACGACAGUAGAGUGUAUUGUAUUUGUGUAGUUCGUGCGAUUUUAAUGAUUCUACAUAUUGUGCCAAAUAAUCCUUGAUUUUGUCAUUCAUAUCAUAUAUAUAGUUUUGUGACAGCAAUUGCACUUCCUGUUUCUGUAGAGAUUGCUACUAGAAAUCCAUUUAUAUUUUUUACUUUGUUUACAUUUGAACCUUUCACAGAGCCGCAAGUAAGAAAUGAGAAACUGAUUUGAUCAUUCCGGCAUGUUUAACUGGGAGAUCAAAACGAGAGCCUGCUAUAUCAUUCUGCGAUGGUGGAAAUAAGAGAUCAAAAUGAGAGACUGAUUUUAUCGCUGUGAACUGUUAAAAUAGGAUAUGAAAAUGAGACACUGUUUUGAUCAUUCUGGUAUGUUUAAAAUAGAUAAAAAUUCUAUGUCACUAUUUCCUAUCAAUUAAGUGAUAUCUGUUGGUAUCCAUGGGUGUCUUUUAGGUAAUUGUUGAUGGAGCUUUAGCAAAUGAUACAGGAAUUAAAACUGGCCAUGGCUUUGGCCUAACCAUUCCUUCAUCGGACACAUGACAGAAUGGUAGUUCUGUAGCAAGGCGAAUGAAGUAUUUGCGUGUCAUGUCAUGAAGCAGAACUGGUUCCUUGAAGUCUUAAAUUCAUUCAUGAAGAAUCUUCAGAAAUCUGUUUCAACAUAAUAUCAUUGUUUUAAUGCAUCCGAAGGUUACGGGCAUACUGGCACAAUUGUCAUUUUACUAUAAUUUCAUUUAACAUUAUUUUUAGUAAAUAUUAUAUUUAGAUUUUUUCAACCUGAACUGUGUUUUUGUCAAUGAUGUUUUUAACUUGCUCAUGUGAAUUCAAAGUGUUGUGUACUUCAUAUCAUUCCAUGUUGUCACGUGACCUGUCACGUGUCGUGUGUUGUGUUGGACUUGCUUUCACUGCCUUGACAACCAAUGCAAUGUCAGCUUCUGAUUACUGGUGCUCAAACUGUAUAUAACAGUAAAAUAAACACUGGCUUCUA